CGUUUCCUUCCGAGAGACCGAGCUGCUGCACCAGCCUCGCCGCCCUCGCUCGUCCCGCCCUGAGGAGCCGGCGGCCCGCCGCGCGCCGCCCAGUGCCAUGGCCGACGGCCUGGGCCUGGCGCUCGCCCUGCUGGCGCUCGCCCUCGUGGGCUCCCGGGGAGCGCGCAGCGAGCCGGAGCUGCGCUUCAAGCCCGCCCCGCGGCAGAGGCCCGUGCGCCUCUUCACCGAGUCCGAGCUGGCCAGAUACGCCGGGCAGGAGGAAGAUCAGCCUAUUUAUAUAGCUGUGAAAGGUGUGGUGUUUGAUGUCACUUCUGGAAAAGAAUUUUAUGGGAAAGGAGCACCAUAUAAUGCAUUAGUUGGCAAGGAUUCGACCCGAGGGAUUGCAAAGAUGUCGCUUGAUCCAGAGGAUCUCACUCAUGACACAGCGGGACUAACAGAAGAAGAGCUGCAGUCUCUGGACGAAACCUUCAAUAAUGUCUACAAAGCCAAAUAUCCUAUUGUUGGCUACACUGCCCAAAGAAUUCUCAAUGAAGAUGGCAGCCCCAAUCCAAACUUCAAACCAGAAGAUCAGCCACAUUUCACCAUUAAGGAUGAGUUCUGAUCGUGGAGUUUGCACUCCAAGACAUCAGGGAUACCAAUUGAAGAGAGACAAAAACUCUUGCAUUUCUGACAACAGGAAGAAUGCCCAAAAACUGAUACUGGGAUAUUCCUAUUAUAGUGUCCGGUUUUAACACCUUUCUUUGAGGGCAAUGCUAGAUACCAAAUGUUACCUAUUCAGUGACCAGCAACAUUAUGGUCCAUUAGUCAGAUGAGACUGUUUUUUCCCAGUAAAAUAUUCUAUUUUC